GGAGGCGUGGUACUAAUGACGCCGUUGGUUGGUGCGCGGCUGGAGGGCGUGGCGCUGGCGGCGCCGUUGGUUGGCGGGCGGCGGCGGGCCAUGGCCCUGCUGUUGUGCCUGGGAAUGGCCGCCGCGCUGGCCCGAGGCUGCCUGCACUGCAACGGCAACUUCUCGGAGAAGUUCUCCUUCUACCGCCACCACGUGAACCUCAAGUCUUGGUGGGUGGGUGACAUCCCCGUGUCUGGGGCGCUGCUCACCGAGUGGAGUCAGGACACGAUGAAGGAGCUACACUUGGCCAUCCCAGCGGAGAUCACCCGGGAGAAGCUAGACCAAGUAGCGGAAGCCGUGUACCAGAGGUUGGAUCAGCUGUACCAGGGGAAAAUGUACUUCCCUGGGUAUUUCCCCAAUGAGCUGAGAACCAUUUUCCGGGACCAAGUGCACCUCAUCCAGAAUGCCAUCAUCGAAAAAAUAAUUGGCACAAAAUACCAGUGUGAGCCCUGCUCACGUGGUCUUCCUCCUCAUCGCUUCACCUGGGACGUGCAGAACCACCCCAGCCUUCCUGACAUCCCCAAGCUUCACUUGUCUGGAGCCCCAGCAUCUGGCCAACCUGACUUUGGAAAAUGUCUCCGAGUGUUUGACCCAGCACUGACAAGGCCCUGCAUCAGGCCACAACAGGGGCCAGGAUUCAGCUCAGGCUGGACUGGGAACAAGCUGGCUGCCAUAUUGAAUUUCCCCCUCUUAACUCCUGUGGAGCUCAGCCUGGGCUGGGGUUGUGGGAGGGAGAUGGGUUUAUGUAUUGAUAGCAUUGGCCCCAGGCAGGGCCACAGAACAUUUUGAUGGGACCAUUAAAGCGUCCUAACACUUCUUAUUGAAGACCAGUUUUUUCCCCUCCUUGUGCCAGUACUGAGGCUUGAACUCAGGACAUUGGACCCUG